AUGGCUCAAGGAGUAUAUCCACCAACUCCACCAGCUGGACCCACACCACCAUCUGGGGCGACAGCACCAACAAGUGGCGUGCUCUUCAGCCCAACAACUCCAACUCUUGGGAACAAGGUCCGCACCAGCUCCAGCACCGAAACCGCUUGGACUGGAGGGAAACCCAAUCCGACCCGUACUGGCCUUGAUCCUUCAGCUUCCACUACCAUGGAACAUCCGGGACAGUUGCGUCCCACAGGCUAUGAAGCAAUGAAAAGCGCCACCUACCGCAGAACGUCUGACCUCGUUUCGAUCACCAAGAAGACGAAGAUGACUAGAUUCAAGAAGGAACUUUGGCAAACUGCAGUCUCCCGAGGACUGGACUCCGUCAUGUACCUUCCUCGCAGCGGCGACCAGAUCUCCGUUGUGACAAGCUCCGAUAUGUUCACGAAAGAGGAAGCUGAGCUUGAAUACACCAAGAUUCUCCCGACGUAUGACAGCUACUGCAGAUCCAAUGACAGGGACGCUGCACACUUACUCAUGAACGCCAUUGAUCCAGAUCUUCGAAAGGAAGUUGAACUAUUCCACAACACCACUGAUGGGUUUAUUGUUGUAUGGUACGUUCUCCUUCGUCUCCUCUAUGACAACAACAUCGACCGCAAACGCAACAUUGAAUCCGAGCUUCGGAAGGUUGCCGUCACAAGCUACCCACAACAGAAUGUCAACGCCAUUGUUGCCACCUUCCUCAACAUGGCAGAAGAACUUGACGAUAUGGAUGACUACAAUCACGACAACACCAUCAAGAUGCUCGACACUCUUUCCUAUGCCGGUGGUGGAACCGAUCCAAGCAAUCCCGACACCCUCUACUUCCGCAGCCAAAUUAUGACUCUUCGCAGCCGUGUGGACGAUGCUCUCAUCGCUAUCCGAGGACUAUCAGCGGCUAGCGCUACCACUUACAUGGUGGCACAUGAUGUUCACUACCGUCAAGUCCUCAUGAAAGUCCAAAAGUCUUACCUUCAGCUCUUCAACAACCACAAGUGGCCCCCAGCAAACACCCCUCUCGACUCUCGUACUCCGUCCGCCCUGCAAGCCAACAACGUACUGACCCAGAAGCACCUGAAGGAACAGUUUCGUGCCUUUCUGCUCCAACAAGCACAAGGAAACAACACCAACACCAACACCAACACCAACACCAACACCAACAAUAGCAACAACAAUAGCAACAACAAUAGCAACAACAACAAUCGCAAUGGUGACCGCACCGGUAACGCACCUCCCAAUCCCAAGCGGGUCCAACCCUCAAUUGCUAACGGCGACGUUCCUAUUGCAACCGUGGACGGGGUUCCACACUUCAGGAAGAACAUCAACGGCAAGGACAUGGAUUGGUGCCAGACUUGCAAACGUUUCACCAACACCCACGCUACUCAUCAGCAUGGCUCCGGUACCAACACCAACACCAACACCAACACCAACACCAACACCAACACCAACAACCACAACCACAACCACAACCACAACCACAACCACAACAACAGCAACAGCAACAGCAACAACAACAACAACAACAACAACAACGUUGACGUCGCUCCUGUUGCUGUUGUCGAAGGGUUGCCAAUUGACGGUGAUGUCUUAUUGUUGUUCACCAACCUUGAAGAAGGAGCUUCCGAUGGGGAUGCUGUGGGCAUGAAGUCAUUGGGACUUGGAAGAGAGCAGAUACUGAUAAGUAAAAAAAUACUUCCACCGGAUAUUUAUUUUGGCACCUUCAACAUCGCCAACUACAACUUCUACGUAUCCUCUGGUAUCACCUCCCAGAAUGUGCUUGACGUGAUUGCUCCUCCUGCUCUUGUCGAAUCUGUCUCUGACGAUGUUCACGACGACACCAUCCCUAUCAUCGACCGCAAUGCUGUCACCGCUCAUCACUGGUGUGUUCCUGUUGACUCCUUUCCCCACUCUCACUCCACUACCACAUCUGCACUCGACUCUCCUACUGUUGAGACCGUCACUGACGACAAUGACAAUGCAACCAUCAUCCCUACCAUUGACCGCGACGACGUCACCAUUCAACACUGGUGUGUCCCAGUUGAUUUCUUCACCAACUCUGACUCCGCUGCCAUGCAUGGGCCUGCCGUCAACUACGACUCUGACAAUGAUGACAUGCCUCCUUCCCUCAUGGACCGCACUUCGGAUCACGAGUCUGACGACGACUCUGUUCUUGAUGAUUCCUCUUCCGUCCUUCCCCAGGAAACUACGAUUCCCACCUAUCGCCUUCAUCCACCUGCAUCACGCCCAGCAUCGCUUUGGCGUCCACUUGCCCUACUCCUGCCACCUCUCUUCCUUGGGCUUCGAUUCCUCCUUCCGUUUCUUGCUACCCACACCAACCGUGGUUUGUCGCAAGCCUCCAUGAUGGUCCAAGACUUCCCCAUUCUUUCCUUUCUGGCUACCCAGGCCAACCGAGGUUUUCUUCACCUGUGGUCUAUUGUCUCCCACCAUCCCACUACCAUCGCAUUUCGCGCCUUUGGCUCUGCCUUCCCUUCCAUCUUCGCUGAGCACCGAUGUUCCUGGUCCGCUCUACCCUUUUGGCUCUGGCUGGUCCUUGCAGUUUUUAUCCUCAUCGGACCCCAAUGCCUCUGUACCCCUGCCCCUCCCCCUCCCCGCCACGUUCGACGUCAUCUUGCCCGCCUGCACCAUCGGCAGCGCCGUCCCAAACCCACUAUGCAGUUCCCUUCCUUCUGUCAUCCACGCUACCAACCUUCGCGCGCCCAGCUUCUUUCCUGA